UUGACCAGGAAGUAAUGACGGGGAAUAGACAUGUUUAUAUAUUAACACAGAAUAUUAUUUGAUUCUAAAUAAUGCAGCAAUCUGGUUGAUUAAGACGCCCUGAACGUUUGUCAACAUGUUGUUCAUAUUACUGACAAUCAUAUCAUCGGCAGAUGCUGUGACACUGACUGGGUCGUCUGAGUACGCUGUUCCCGGGAGUGACUUUACUCUGACGUGUGACGUAACAGACGAGGCCAAUGCUGUUAGGUUUUACCGCCGUCCUAACGUGUCUGCUCCAGUAGGAGGUAUACAAGUAGGUGUUAGUCAAUGUUUCAACAUCAACGUCAACCCGCCCGUCAACUGUACACUGGAUGUCUGUUCCUGUGUUACCACGUCGGCUGGAGGACGUGGUACAGUGUUCCGGUGGGUCAUACAGCCACGGACGGGAGAUCAUGGAUCAGUGUGGUUCUGUACACGUACCAACCUUAACCUGACUGACCAAGAACUGGACAGUCAAAAAUACACUCUAAAUGUGGCAGCUGGUCCCGGAACCUCCCUAUCCCUGUCCCCAGCGGACACUACCUACAACAGGACUGAGAGGGACACGUUAUCGGACAUCACCUGUACAGCUGACUGUAGACCUGACUGUACCUUUGUCUGGACAAAACCUGACGACACCAACUUAACUGCCUCCGCUGUGUUGUCACUGGGACAACUGAACAGGUCAGAACACGGGACAUACAGAUGUACGGCUAGAAAUAUUAUCGGCGAGGCAUCUUUAACAGUCAGUGUUACUGUAGUGUAUGGACCUGGGAACAGUGUUGUGUUACAACCCCAAUCAAAAGUAGUGGAUAUUGUUGAAAAUCAGACUGUACCCAAUAUCACCUGCUCUGCUGACUGUAGACCGUCAUGUAGCUACACCUGGUCUAAAUCAGACAAAAACUUCUCUAACCCGUUGAGUCUGUCUGUGGCCACGAGGGACAACGCCGGGCAGUACACGUGCACAGCCAGCAAUACUGUCAGCGGUAAAACGGAGAUGUGGAGCCUCAUUGUUAGAUUUCCGCCUCGAAUUAUCAGUCUUAAUUACACAAAAGGGGGCGCUGAUGUCACUGAGAAGGGACCUAAAGCACUGAUCUGUGCUGUAGAGAGUUUCCCUCCGUCUACAAUAAAGUGGUAUUUCAAAGCCAACAACAGUCUUCUUUCCACCGACCGGGACGUACUAGAGAGUACUUAUAACCUGACAACUGCUGGCUGUCUUGACACGGGACUGUACACCUGUUUUGCCGAUAACAAUGUCUCGGACAGAGCAGUAACUAUGGACAUAGGAAUCAAUGUUUUGUGUACGUAAUUUUUUGUCUGUCUAUAAUAUCAAUCUGGCUUAAAUUCUACACGAACACCAAAGAAAACCUUAUAUAAAACCAUGUCAUACGUCUAUAUCUUUAAUAACUGUAUGACAAUGUUAACGAUAAUGUAUGCACUGUAAC